GCGCUGCUGGCGCUGCUGCUGCUGCCUGGCCCCGGGAUUUUUGGAAGUCCCAGCACAGUGACACUUCCUGAAACCUUGUUGUUUGUGUCAACUCUGGAUGGAAGUUUGCAUGCUGUUAGCAAGAGGACAGGCUCGAUCAAAUGGACUUUAAAAGAAGAUCCGGUUCUGCAGGUUCCAACACAUGUGGAAGAGCCUGCCUUCCUCCCAGAUCCCAAUGAUGGCAGCCUGUAUACGCUUGGGGGCAAGAAUAAUGAAGGCCUGACGAAACUUCCUUUUACCAUCCCAGAGUUGGUACAGGCAUCCCCAUGCCGAAGUUCAGACGGAAUUCUCUACAUGGGUAAAAAGCAGGACAUUUGGUACGUUAUUGACCUUCUGACCGGGGAGAAGCAGCAGACUCUGUCAUCGGCCUUUGCAGACAGCCUCUGCCCUUCAACCUCUCUGCUGUAUCUUGGGCGAACGGAGUACACCAUCACCAUGUACGACACCAAAACCCGUGAGCUCCGGUGGAACGCCACCUACUUCGACUACGCAGCCUCUCUGCCCGAGGACGACGGGGACUACAAGAUGUCCCACUUUGUGUCCAACGGCGACGGGCUGGUGGUGACCGUGGACAGUGAAUCCGGCGACGUCCUGUGGAUCCAAAACUACGCUUCCCCCGUGGUGGCCUUUUAUGUUUGGCAGAGGGAGGGUCUGAAGAAGGUGAUGCACAUCAACGUCGCCGUGGAGACCCUGCGCUACCUGACCUUCAUGUCUGGGGAGGUGGGCCGCAUCACCAAGUGGAAGUACCCGUUCCCCAAGGAGACGGAGGCCAAGAGCAAGCUGACGCCCACCCUGUAUGUUGGGAAAUACUCUACCAGCCUGUAUGCCUCCCCCUCCAUGGUUCACGAGGGGGUCGCCGUUGUGCCCCGAGGCAGCACUCUUCCUUUGCUGGAAGGCCCCCAAACCGACGGGGUCACCAUUGGGGACAAAGGGGAGUGUGUGAUCACGCCCAGCACAGACCUCAAGUUUGACCCUGGGCUCAAAGGGAAGAACAAGCUCAACUACCUGAGGAACUACUGGCUUCUGAUCGGACACCAUGAAACCCCCCUGUCUGCGUCUACCAAGAUGCUGGAGAGAUUCCCCAACAACCUGCCCAAACAUCGGGAAAACGUGAUUCCUGCCGAUUCAGAGAAGAAGAGCUUUGAGGAAGUUAUCAACCUGGUUGACCAGACUUCAGAAAACGCGCCUACCACCAUCUCACAGGAUGUGGAAGAGAAAUACGAGCAUGCCCCUGCCAAGCCCGAGGCCCCCGUGGACUCCAUGCUCAAGGAUAUUGCCACCAUCAUCCUGAGCACCUUCCUGCUCAUCGGCUGGGUGGCCUUCAUCAUCACCUACCCCUUGAGCAUGCAUCAGCAGCAGCAGCUCCAGCACCAGCAGUUCCAGAAGGAACUAGAGAAAAUCCAGCUCCUACAACAGCAGCUGCCCUUCCAUCCACCUGGAGACAUGGCUCAAGAUGCUGAGCUCUUGGACUCGUCCGGCCUGUACUCCGAGAGCUCAGGCACCAGCAGCCCCAGCACGUCCCCCAGAGCCUCCAACCACUCGCUGCACUCCACUGGCUCAGCCUCCAAGGCUGGCACCAGCCCCUUCCUGGAGCAGGACGAUGAGGAUGAGGAAACCAGCAUGGUGAUCGUUGGGAAGAUUUCAUUCUGUCCCAAGGACGUGCUGGGUCACGGAGCUGAGGGCACAAUUGUGUACCGGGGCAUGUUUGACAACCGCGAUGUGGCCGUCAAGAGGAUCCUCCCGGAGUGUUUCAGUUUUGCGGACCGCGAAGUUCAGCUGCUUCGAGAAUCAGAUGAGCACCCCAACGUGAUCCGUUACUUCUGCACAGAGAGGGACCGGCAGUUCCAGUACAUUGCCAUCGAGCUGUGUGCAGCCACCCUGCAGGAGUACGUGGAGCAGAAGGACUUUGCCCACCUCGGCCUGGAGCCCAUCACCUUGCUGCAGCAGACCACCUCGGGCCUGGCCCACCUGCACUCCCUCAACAUUGUUCACAGAGACCUGAAGCCCCACAACAUUCUCCUCUCCAUGCCCAACGCACAUGGCAGGACCAAGGCCAUGAUCUCGGACUUCGGUCUCUGCAAGAAGCUGGCGGUAGGCCGGCACAGUUUCAGCCGCCGCUCAGGAGUUCCGGGCACGGAAGGCUGGAUCGCUCCAGAGAUGUUGAGCGAAGACUGCAAGGACAACCCGACCUACACAGUGGACAUCUUCUCUGCAGGCUGUGUCUUUUACUACGUGAUCUCGGAGGGCAGCCACCCUUUUGGCAAGUCCCUGCAGCGGCAGGCCAACAUCCUCCUGGGUGCCUACAGCCUUGACUGCUUGCACCCCGAGAAGCACGAAGAUGUCAUUGCCCGGGAAUUAAUAGAGAAGAUGAUUGCGAUGGAUCCUCAGAAACGCCCGUCCGCGAAGCACGUGCUGAAACAUCCGUUCUUCUGGAGCCUGGAAAAGCAGCUCCAGUUCUUUCAGGACGUGAGUGACCGAAUAGAAAAGGAGUCCCUGGACGGCCCGAUAGUGAAGCAGCUGGAGCGAGGCGGGAGAGCUGUGGUGAAGAUGGACUGGAGGGAAAACAUCACCGUCCCCCUGCAGACAGAUCUGCGGAAAUUCAGAACCUAUAAAGGUGGCUCUGUUCGAGACCUCCUCCGAGCCAUGAGAAACAAGAAGCACCACUACCGGGAGCUCCCCGUGGAGGUGCGGGAGACGCUGGGCUCCCUCCCUGACGACUUCGUGCGCUACUUCACGUCCCGCUUCCCCCACCUCCUCUCCCACACCUACCGGGCCAUGGAGCCGUGCGGCCACGAGCGGCUCUUCCAGCCCUACUACUUCCACGAGCCCCCAGGGCCCCGGCCUCCAUUGACUCCAGACACCCUUUGAGCCAGGGUGGUCCUCCGUUCUGGUGGCCGCAGCUGUGACUGUGGGCCUGGUCUCUACAAGCCCGAGCCUGACGCCUCCCGGCUGGGCAAGGAGACCAGGCUCCCAAACCAAGUGCCUUGAGCUGUCCACAGUGCAGCCAGCAGGGGAUGAUGCCGACCCCAGGAAGCGGGAACCAUGACCCGUUCUGACCUGUAGGGAGCUGGGAAGAUGCUGACCACGAAAGUUCUGCAUUCGGGGGUCCUCUGCCAAGGAGGGCCCAUCCCAGAGGCAGCGACAGAAGCAUCCUCCACCUUCUCCUGGAUGCACUUGCUUCAGACCUACACUUUCUUUUUUAAACUUCCUGUUUGAUGUCAGCCUGUGGGCCUGUAAGGAAGAGAGAGGAGGGAAUCCCACGUUUUGCCUGCGUGUGGGACCAGGAGCAUCUCUCUCCCUGGCCAGCGAGGCUAAGAGGCACUAAGCACAGCUUCUGCUCGAAGUGGGGCUCCAGAGGUGAGGGGUGUUACGGAGGAGGAAGUCGUUCAGAGCGUGUCGUUCCUGGGGAUCGGAGAUGCCUCACUCAUCACGGACGCACCCAGAGUUUCCCAGCUCACUCUGACCAGUGUUCUUUGGGGGCAGCGAGAGUCUUGAGUGUGAGGCGCAGCGUUGGGACAGGUGAGCACCGCACACUGGAAGAUGAGGCCGUGUCUGCAGAUCUCUUAGAAACGAAGAGGACGCUCUGUCCUGAGUCCACGGUAGCCCAGUGCAUCAGUGGCCUUUGGUGGAUUUGGGGGAUGUUUAGGAGCAUUUGGGGGCAAGAGGUGAUAAGUUCCCCAUCAAGAAGAGCAACACCCAGGCAGAAACAGGCCUUUGGGACCAGAGGGGAGCAGGCCAGAUGGGACACUCAAGGCCACCGUGGGGGAGUCCUGGGCCAGCAGGUGGGCAAUGUGGCUCCUCUGUCCCUGGAGCCAGCAGGACGGGCCAGGGGGUCGGGAGAAGAGGCCAGGGUCACCACGGGCUUCGUGGGCAGGCUUUUAUGUUUCUCUUGGCAGAUUUUAAUAACUUUAUAUUUUGAUCAUACUGUAGAAUGCUAUGUUAGCAUAAGUAAGCUGAACUUGAAGCUUCCUUGUGAAGAAGAUAAAUGCAAGAUAUAUAAUUCACUUUUUAUUUUGUGGGUACCAAAAGUCUCCAUCCCCUCCAGAGAGAGCGUUCACGUUCAGAACAUGCUCUGCUGCUGAAGAGUAAAACAGUGUAGCAAGGCUAUAUACAUCCAUUAAACAACUUCAAAGUCAUAGUCCCUAAAUUAUGUCAAUAUCUUUUUUUGCUAAAAUUAGUGUAGUUUUUAACUUUAGUUUCAGUCAGAAAUUCCUGUCUUUUCCUCUACCGAGAGCCUUAGCGGUUAAAUGUGAGCAGGGUACAGCGUGGAGGUAUUCCCCGUGUCCUUUGUCCAGCCGGGUGAGUGGGUCCCUGCACUUCAUUCAGUGCUGGGGUGCUCGGAGACUCCACUCGGGAGUAAGGAUGUUACUGACGGACCGAGAACUCACUGUUUUCUUCUGUGAAAUGCUUCCUGAUGGUGGAUUGGACUGAGGGCCACUCCUCAAAAGCUCUCCUUCUGUCUUCGUAGAAUUCAGUUCCCUUCCUUUCAUAAUGCCCGGAGUCACUUUUUUCCUUAAAUUCACAUUAUCCUCCAUCUGCGUUAUCCUCCACCCUCCCCGGUUAUCUCGUCUAGACCUGGGAACCCCGGUGUUCUGGGCUGGCCUUGUGGUGAGUCUUCUGCCAUACCGCCCGUUUUUCAGGAACCCGGCCAGAUGCCUGCCCUCUCCCUGCUCUGCUGCAUCCACGCCAUUGUCCC